AUGCCAAAGGUCAAGUCAUACUCGGCGGCUUGGCUGUCCGACAGCAAUGCUCCGGGUCGCCAGCUUUUUGAGCCUUCGUCCGAGACGAUCCGAUCAAGGACCCUUUCACCACCGUCUAAAACCAGAUCCAUCCUGGGCCCGAGGAGAACGAUUGCCCGACGGGGCACAGAGGUCUUUGCUGCUGUAGGCAAGGAGAUUCGAUGGGCUGACUUGGCCUACCUCAAGGAUGAGUGGUCAACCAGGCAGUCUAGGGGGAGAACCGGGUCUACGGGAGUCCGCAUCAAGAGAGAGGAUUCUUUGCAGUCAAUUGGAGAUGGAGACACAGACUCUGCACCUGGUUUGAGGGUUAUCAAAACGCCCGUCGCCGAUGAUAUCCGACAGCUAGUCAUCUCACCGAAUUCAAACUAUCUGGCCAUUCUCACCGCAUACACGGUUCAUAUCUGCGCCCUGCCUGACUCAUCGCAUUUGACGAGCGACGAUACCUCUCCCCUGCGACCAAAGAUUUACACCCUCGGCCCGACGACUCAUGUUACUUCAAGAUCGCCCAUAAUGUCAGCUCUGUGGCACCCGCUAGGUGUCAACGGCUCUUGUAUUGUCACUGUCACUGCGGACGCGAUUGUUCGUGUUUGGGAACUGUCCACCCAAGACCGGUGGUCGUACGAUUCACCAACAACUUCGGUAGACCUCAAGAAGCUUGCAGAUGGUACGAGUCUGGAUCAGGACUUUUCUGCAUCCACGUCAGCAACGAACAAGGGAUUUUCACCCGACUCAUUCGAAAUGGAAGUGGCUUCAGCCAGCUUUGCGACUAAGGGUUCGGGCGGCUGGAACCCAAUGACUCUUUGGAUUGCUAUGCGAGAAGGAGAUAUUUAUGCUCUUUGUCCUUUGCUUCCGCAGCGAUGGGCACCUCCGCCUACAUUGAUCCCAUCUCUGUCGGUUUCCAUCGUCACAACUGUUGCUAGUAUCGAAGACGAUCCUGAAGUUGACGAGAAUGAGAAGCUGUUGGCUCAGCAGCAGCUGCAGUGGAUGGGAGAGUUGGAUUCUCAGGAACCUCAAAUUCUGGAGAGCCUGCCAGGGGAGCCCAUUGUCGAGGUGUUUACAAGACCAACUCGACCGGGCGUUGUACCCCGAUUGCAGGGACCGUUCUAUCUGGACUCGAACCCCGAAACUGGCGAUGACCUGGACACCACCGUUACGGAUAUCUUGGUGAUUGGCAAAAAGACGGAGACGGAUGAGCUGAUGAUGGGAGAGGACGAGGACCUCGACCUGGACGACGGUGACCAAGAAGGCCUCUCCCUACCCGUUAUCUGUCUACUCUCUACAAGCGGUCAGGUUAGGGUGUAUCUGGACCUUGAGGGCAUUCAGGCGCAGUGGCUUCCACCAAAGAACAAGGCAAAGGUUGGUCGCUUGCCAACAACGACCAGCCCUCCCUCACUUCUCGCUUUCCAAGCCAUCGACACCAUGAGCCCCGUUGAGGUGAGCGAGGACUGUUGGCCAGUGUUCAGCCACGACGUCAUGUCCAGGUAUAACUUUUACGUUACCCAUCACGCGGGCAUCACAUUUGUGUCUCUCACAUCAUGGGUUUUCCGCCUUGAAAGCGAGCUCCUGGCAGACCACGAGGCUGGCACAGACUUUAGAAUCGGGCUAUUGGUCAACUCACAAUCCACUAGGGAUAGGAUUUAUGCGCAACCAAGUGCCGACGUGUCGGUGGCUCUUGCAGCAUGCGUGGCAAUCAGGGACCCAGAUCUGGGAUACUUUCUCCUUUCGGCGACGCCCUACGAGCCGAUCGCCCUGACAUUUGAUACCCCUGAGAUUGAUCUCGCCCCGAUCAGGCAGGAGAGCCCUAUUCGGGAACGGGAGGUCAGCAUGGCACCGCUCGACUUCUACGAGCCACGACCCGUCUACAACCCGCCCCAUGUGUUUGACGAGGGAUCCGUGCUGCCAGCGCUAUUGGAGCGGCUGCGGACAUCUCGUCACAAGACGGUGGUCAACCAGGAAGUGAGGCUUAGCCCUCUGACGCUUCAGAUCUUCACAGACGCGCAUAAGGUGCUAAGCGACGAGACUUAUAAACUGGGCGUAGCGGCGGCUGAAGUCUUCAGGCGAUGCGAGCUGCUCCAAUCGGAACUGCACCAGCAAGUGAGGAAAGCCAACGAGGUGAAGGGCAAGAUUGAUACCAUCAACGGUGUGGAUCGAAACAACGAGGCUGAGAAUGUCAUGUACGAUAGGCGGAUAGCCGAGGCGAGAGAUCGACAGGAGCGCCUGACCAAUCGUGUAGACAACCUGCGCAAGAUUGUAGGCAAGGCUACGACGCGAGAUCUCAGCACCAAGGAACGCGCGUUUGUGGACGAGGUGAAGAAUCUAGAGGCCAAUGUGUUGGGGUCAUUGCCGUCGUCGUCGCCGUCAUCAUCAUCACCAACAACGACAGGAGGAGGACAGGAAUCGAGUGCUGCUCAGCAGUCGAAGCAGCUAUGGAAGCGGUUGGAGGAAGUGAAGAAGCUACAGACAGAGUUGAUGGCAGAUGUGGAAAGUAUCAAAAAAUCGGGGGAAGUGGAUGUCGCAGCAUCGGGGGAAUUGAGAAUCCCGCAAGAUAUCCGACGAUCUAAACUGCAACAAGUGCAAGGCUUACUAGCGAGAGAAACGGCGUUGGUCGAGGCAGUGACGUCGCGCUUAGAGCGACUUCAAACGAGCGUGUAG